UCUAUCGUAAUUGGUUAUCAGUGUGAAGAGUUUCCAAUCCUGAGGUGGGCAGGAAAGUAUUCAUACUCUUAAUAAAUAUUUUUUUGACUGAGUUUUGCGGGGGGUAUGCCCCAUUCUGAAGAAGUUGAUGAUUUUACUGUCUCACUUAUUUUUUCCUUCCAGAAUGCGUUCUGGGUGGGUUUCCUGGAUGGUGGUUCUGCAAGUGAGUGUAAUCAGGCUGGAUUCCUCCAUGACUCAAGGCAGAGACUCUCCAGAAGAUUUUGUGAUUCAGGCAAAGGCUGACUGUUACUUCACCAAUGGGACAGAGAAGGUGCAGUUUGUGGUGAGAUUCAUUUUUAACUUGGAAGAGUAUGCACGUUUCGACAGCGAUGUGGGAAUGUUUGUGGCAUUGACAGAGCUGGGGAAGCCUGAUGCUGAGCUGUGGAACAAUCGGCCAGAUAUAUUGGAGAGGAGUAAAGCUUCUGUGGAUGCACUCUGCAGACAUAACUACAAGCUGGGUGCACCCUUCACUGUGGGGAGAAAAGUGCAACCAGAGGUGGCGGUGUAUCCAGAGAGGACCCCAUCCCUGCAACACCACAAUCUGCUGCUUUGCUCUGUGACAGGUUUCUAUCCAGGGGACAUCAAGAUCAUGUGGUUCCGGAAUGGGCAGCAGGAGAGAGUAGGGGUCAUGUCCACUGGCCUUAUCAGGAAUGGAGACUGGACCUUUCAGACAAUGGUGAUGCUGGAAAUGACUCCUGAACUUGGAGAUGUCUACACCUGCCUUGUUAAUCAUCCCAGCCUGCUGAGCCCUAUUUCUGUGGAGUGGAGAGCUCAGUCUGCAUAUUCUUGGAGAAAGAUGCUAAGUGGAAUUGCAGCCUUCCUUCUUGGGCUGAUCUUCCUUCUGGUGGGGACUGUCAUCUGCCUCAGGGCUCAGAAAGGGUAUGUGGAGACGCAGUUGUCUGGUGAUGAGGUAAUGUCUUCUUCCUUGUCUUUGGGUGGCCAAUUGUUGUCCCUGUGCUUUGGCCAGAGGGAGAGGUCUUGGGGAUAGGGUGUGAGGGUGGCUUUGGCUGGGUGGCACUGGGUGCUGAGUCUCUGGAAUGGGAGGGUGGAGUCCCUCCUCAGACUUUGAUCACUAUUCCUGCAGGUCUCAAGAGCAGUUCCCUCACCAUAGCCACGCUAAGGUCCCAAUCAGAGCUUCUUGCCCUGGAGGCUGAAAUAGUACCGAAUGACUUGAGUUCAAAUGACUAAGUAAAGGACUCUCAUGAGGUCCAUGUUCUGGAGCUACUUCCUUGAGUCCUUGGAGGAGUCCUGACUUGAUUCUAGAGUUCUGUUUUCUGAGAUCAUCUCUCACUCGUCUGCCCUUCUUCCUCCUCCUUGCCUGUGCCAUUAGUCCCCAUUUCCAAGGAUAGUGUGCAGAAAUUCCCACCAAAGCUGACUCCCACCAGCCCCAACCUGCAUACCUCCUAUGGUCCAGCCCUAACCUUGUGAGUUAUCCUCAUGUCUUUCUGUUUCCAACUGCACUCUCCACUGUGUCCAGAAGACAAAUGCUCAGAGGCACUGUUUCCUUUUCACCGUUUUUUAUGACCUUUUUUAUUGUAAAAUAAACCUGAGGAACAGAUAACCAUACAAAAUGUAGAAUUUAAUGAAUUAUUUAAGGCAAAACUCCUGUAAUCACCACUCAGGCCAAGAAAUAGAACUUUACCAGUCAGAGCAGGAGUCUCCCUGUGCCAUAGGCCAAUCAAUCCCCUCUCCCUCCUCUCAAAAGUAAUUAUAUUCUGGGAGGCCUGGGUGGCUCAGUCAGUUAAGUGUCAGGCUCUUGAUUUCGGCUUGGGUCAUGAUCUCACGGUUCAUGAGAUUGAGCCCUGCAUUGGGCUCUGUGCUGACAGUGCAGAGCUUGCUUGGGAUUCUCUCUCCCUCUCUGUGCUCCUCCCCUGCUUGUGCUCUCUCUCUUUCUCUCUCAAAAUAAAUAAACUUUAGAAAAAAGUAAUUGCAUUCUGUUAAUCACUUUUUAAAUUUUUUUUAACGUUUAUUUAUUUUUGAGAGAAAGGGAGAAACAGAGUGUGAGCAGGGAAAGGGCAGAGAGGGAGGGAGACACAGAAUCUGAAGCAGGCUUCAGGCUCUAUGCUGUCAGCACAGAGCCUGAUGCAGGGCUCAAACCCAGGAAUCAGGAACCAUAAGAUCAUGACCUGAGCUGAAGUCAGACACUUAACCGACUGAGCCACCUAGGUGCUCCUUAAAUAUUUUAAAAAAAUGUUUAUUUAUUUUUGAGAGAGAGAGAGCACAAGCAGGGGAGGGGCAGAGAGAGAGAGAGAGAGAGAGAGACAGAGCGAGAUUGAGAGGUAGACACAGAAUCUGAAGCAGGCUCCAGGCUCCGAGCCAUCAGCCCAGAGCCUGACGCGGGGCUCGAACCCACGGACCGCGAGAUCGUGACCUGGCUGAAGUCGGACGCCUAACCGACUGCGCCACCCAGGCGCCCCAACAUUUAUUU